AUGCCCACGCCGCUCUCUCUCCCUCCAGCGUCGGCCGCGUCCUCCCGGCCGACGCCGGGCCCGAGCGCCUGGCAGUGGCCCUCCACGGCGUGCUCUGGCCGGAGGAGCGGGACCUGCCGGGCAGGCACCACCGAUCUCUGUGCGGCCUUCGAACCUGCGCCUGGUCCGCCUCCCCGAGGCCGGCGCGCUCGCGCCGGCUGCGGGCUGCGUGCCCGGCGCCGCCGUGGUGCGUCUGCUGGGCGAGGCCGGGUGGGGCCUGCCAGACAUGCCGAUGAUACCGUGGAGGCCCUCCUGCAGGUCCGCCAGGUGGCCGCGCAGGAGGUGUCGGUGGCGGGCUGCUCCUCCUCGCGCGGAGACUUCCCGCUCUCGGCGGUCCUCGGGGAGAGGCGGGACCAGUGGUGGAUAUCCGAGUGGCAGGACGGUACCUGGGAGGCCUCGGCGCAGGGCACGCUGAGGACGCUCGACAGGGCGGACAUGCAGGAGUUCGCGAUCGUGCCGCCCCUGCAGACCACCGGGGUGCGCCUGGUGUGCACCCGCAGCGCUGUGGCGGACGAGGGCGGCGGCUUCAUGUCAGACUGCAUAGGCCUCUUCCACGUCCGCUUCGCGUGA